AUGAGUGCUUCAAUCCGUGUUGGCAGCACCAGCAGCAGCAACAAUAGCACCAGUGAUGCGACUGGGACCUUGCAGGAAGCUUUGUUUUGGAACAAUGAAGGAGUGAAACACCUAGCAGGCGCAAGUGCCCGUGGUGGUGGUAAUCAGCAGGCUAUGAAAUGCUUCUAUCGCACCGUGCACUCAGUGAUUCGUCUCUCAGAACUUACAGAUGUUGGCAAUGGUGAUUCCGUGCCGUUUUCUCAGCAAGUCGUUUUCAAGCAAGUCCACAUCGCCUCCAUGCCAAAGCUUCACGAUCAGUGUUUCUACACAUUCAACCAUGCUUUCACCAUUGAGCACGUGCAUACCGGUGCAAUUGUGGAUCACUACUCUGUUUCCUUGAUUAGCACAGUGGCUCUUUUCAAUCUUGCCUUGGCUUUUCACUUGACAGGAAUGUUAUCCAACAACAAGAGCAAGUUAUUCCAAGCUCAGCAUUUUUACCGCUUGUGUAUGGACGUGAUGGGAGGAGGAGGAGGAGGACAAGUGGAAAACUACAAUGCCAUGGCUGUUGUGGGCGGUCUGGCACUGAACAAUCAGGCUCAGAUCGCUUGGCACAUGUUUGGUGCAUGCCAAACUCCACAGAACCACAUCCACCAAUUGAUGGAUGCCUUGAAAGCAAAGAGGGAUCUUCUCUUGCAUGCUGCCAACAGUCAGCAGAGGAUGGACCAAUGUGGUGCCAUUGUGUUGGACUUGGCAAUCGUUGGUGAGAUCCUCUUCAACCUUGCCAUUUUGAGCACCUUCUCAAAGCUCGCUGGUGCUGCCUAG